UCACUUUUUAAUUGUCUCUCUUCUUUCCCUUUUCUCAAGAAUUGAUGUUCAAGAUGAAGUAGGUGAACACUGUGCUUACCUCCUCCCAUGACCACAUCAGAAUUACAACUAAACUACAGAACAAUCAUCAUUCAGAACUGCCUGAAAUCUAGCUGAACAGAACCCUUCAACUAAGGAUAUAAAGAAAAAGCCACAUUGAGACUGAUUUUGUGGAGUUAGUUAAUGGGAAAUACCAGAAGUCCUUGCUCCUGUAAAUGAACUUUUAACCACAAGAUGGUACUUAAAUUCCCAUUGAUUCUGCAAGCUUGAAUACAUGUCUUCCUGGGUGGUGACUACACAUGAAUGUGGCCUUCUUUCUUCCCAACGCCUGGUUUCCUAGGGAUGGUAAUAAGAAGUAUAGACUGAUGGUUAAGUUGCUUACUGUUUGGAGGCACCAUUCUAAUUCUACAUGUAAUGUCUACAAUAUAGAUCAUGUUCUGCAACCACCCAAACAGUGGCUGUGUGAGUGUGACUGGAAAAAGGAAGAAGGAAGGAAACAAACAUUUUUGAAGACCUGUUAUGGGCUAGGUCUUGUAGAAAUUUGCCUGAUGCACCCCCUCGAUGUGGUGAAAACCAGGAAGAAGAAGAAGAAGAAGAAGAAGAAGAAGAAGAAGAAGAAGAAGAAGAAGAAGAAGAAGAAGAAGAAGAAGAAGAAGAAAGUGAGGUUUCAUGAAAGAGAUACUGAACCAAAGCAAGGAAGUGCUGUGUGCUGGGCACCCUGCAGCUCUGCACUGACUCUGCCAUCCCUUCCAUGGAGUCAUCAGUUCCAGAUUCAGAGAAGUUCAACUGAUCCAAACAGUUACAAAAGCUUAGGAGACAGCUUUCGAACAAUUUUCCGAACAGAAGGGUUGUUUGGUUUUUACAAGGGAAUUCUACCACCCAUAUUGGCUGAAACACCAAAAAGAGCAGUGAAGUUUUUCACCUUUGAGCAAUAUAAGAAAUUGCUAGGAUAUGUGUCACUGUCGCCAGCAUUGACAUUUGCCAUUGCUGGACUGGGGUCUGGACUAACAGAAGCCAUCGUGGUUAAUCCUUUUGAGGUAGUAAAAGUUGGCUUGCAAGCUAAUCGGGACACAUUUACAGAGCAGCCAUCCACUAUGAGCUACGCAAGACACAUCAUUAAGACGGAAGGUUUGGGACUCCAGGGCCUCAACAAAGGACUUACAGCAACUUUGGGACGUCAUGGAGUUUUCAACAUGGUUUAUUUUGGCUUCUACUAUAAUGUCAAAAACAUUAUUCCUGUCAAUAAGGAUCCAACCUUGGAGUUUUUGCGAAAAUUUGGGAUUGGUCUUCUGUCAGGAACAAUAGCCUCAGUCAUUAACAUCCCUUUUGAUGUUGCCAAAAGUAGGAUUCAAGGGCCUCAGCCAGUUCCUGGAGAGAUCAAGUACAGAACCUGUUUUAAAACAAUGGCCACAGUCUAUCAGGAAGAAGGGAUUUUAGCUUUGUACAAAGGCCUGCUUCCCAAGAUUAUGAGGCUUGGACCAGGUGGUGCAGUGAUGCUGCUGGUUUAUGAAUAUACCUAUUCAUGGCUUCAGGAGAACUGGUAAUACUCUUGCAUCCUGUGAGAGCACUGCCUGCACAGAGUCCAUGAAAUUGAACCUUUAACCUCUCCAUGUGGAUGGGAUGGAAAAGGAUCUCUGAAGAGUGCACUUGCCAGUUUAAAACAUUUUCACCCGCUAAGAAACAGAGGAAAUAUGUCAACGCUAACCAAUAAUAAUAAUGUUUUAAAAAAAUCCCAAACCCAUAUCUCAUUCCAUUUUCCUUCUCUUAUUUUUAAGAGUAGCUUUAAAUCAUAAUUGCUUUAAAUAGCAAAUUGUAUUUGGGGUUUCUGUUGUUCUUUUAAAUUUAUUUCAUGUGAAUUCACUGUUGCUAAGAAAAGACCUAAAGGGGAGGGGGGAGAAAAAAAGAAAACUUUGAUAUCAUUAAUAUUAGAUUUAAAAAAAAAUACAAGAACCAGAAAAAUUAUAAAUAGCAUAAUAACAAGAGAUUUCUUAAUUUAGA